AUGACUCAGGUAAAUACUAUCCUCUUCCAAGAUACAAUAAACAUUAACGACAUGGACAGCGGGGGGAAGAAAUUCGGAAGAGUGUCCCGCUUUUAUGGCUGUACGGAAAACACGGAAUGUGACAUAACCGUCGAUAUAAAUACCGAGCUCUACCCACUCGACAUUGGGGAUCGCGUUCAGAUCGUACUUGCGUCUUCUCUUGCACUCGACCCAGUAACUGGGCUACCGACCCGAACAGUCCGAGAUAAGAAAGACAGCAAGCCAGGGGAUAGAGACGAUGAUGAUAGACAGCGUGAGCCAUGGAGGCCAAGGUUGCCCGAGGAAAGGGACUUGAGUGAUAAAUAUGAUGGAAUAUAUGUUUCUUAUGGUGGUCUUUUGAUGGAGCUUAAAGGCAGUCAUCGACAUGUAGAGGAUCUUCACGUUGGACAGCAUGUCUAUUUGCUUCUUCGAAAGACGGUUGGGUGA